CAGCCCCAGCAGGAUACAGCCGUCAGGGAGGCUAUGCCGGACAGCAGAGAAGCCCCAUGGGGGGACCCGUCCCCCGGCAGCACCGGAGCCCCCCAGGGAGGCUCAACCACAACCAGGUUCUCAAGCAGACUGUGGCCUGGCGGGCCUGCAUGUGUUCGCAGACUUAGUUUGAGCCUGCAGUGCCGGCGAGGAGUCAGGGCACAUGUGAGCAGCAGCCUCCAGACUGAUCAGCAGCCAUUCUCCAAAGAGUCCUUGAGCCAGGCUGCUGCAUGGGUAGCUGAUGGCCGGCUGGACCCCCCAGAGUCAUUACUGUGGACGUCGAGGGCCGAUGGGCGGGUGCAGCUGCGCGUGGAUGCAAGCUGUCCGCAGCCACCCCGUACGGUGCAUGCCAUGUUCUCCGAGACGCUGGCCAAGUAUGGCGACCUUAAGGCGCUGGGCACCAAGUGCCAGGGACAGUGGCAUCACAUCUCCUACUCGCAGUACUACCUGCUAUGCCGGAAGGCCGCCCGGGGCUUCCUCAAGCUGGGACUGGAGCAGGCCCACAGUGUGGCCAUCCUAGGCUUCAACUCCCCGGAGUGGUUCUUCUCUGCGGUGGGCACCGUGUUUGCUGGAGGCAUUGUCACGGGCAUCUACACCACCAGCUCCCCUGAGGCCUGCCAGUACAUCGCCCAGGACAGCCAUGCCAAUGUGAUCGUGGUGGACUCGCAGAAGCAGCUGGAGAAGAUCCUAAAGAUUUGGAAGAACCUGCCCCACCUGAAAGCUGUUGUGACCUACUGGGAGCCCCCGCCCCAGAAGCUGGCCAAAGUCUACACGAUGGAGGAGUUCCUGGAACUGGGCAGUGAUGUGCCCGAGGUGGAGCUGGACACUAUCCUCCAGGCCCAGCGGCCCGACCAGUGCUGUGCUCUGGUCUACACAUCAGGCACCACCGGGAGCCCCAAGGGUGUGAUGCUGAGUCAAGACAAUAUCACAUGGACAGCACAAUAUGGCAGUCAGGCAGGAGACAUCCAGCCAGCGGAAGUGCAGCAGGAAGUGGUGGUCAGCUACCUGCCUCUCAGCCACAUUGCAGCCCAGAUCUACGACCUAUGGACUGGCAUCCAGUGGGGGGCCCAGGUCUGCUUUGCUGAGCCUGACGCCCUGAAGGGGAGCCUGGUAAACACGCUGCGGGAAGUGGAGCCCACAUCUCACAUGGGAGUGCCCCGAGUGUGGGAGAAGAUCAUGGAGCGCAUCCAAGAGGUGUCGGCUCAGUCUGGCUUCAUCCGGCGCAAGAUGCUGCAAUGGGCCAUGGCUGUGACUCUGGAGCAUAACCUCACCUGCCCAGGCAGUGACCUGAAGCCCCUGGCCACCAGGCUGGCCGACUAUCUGGUGCUGGCCAAGGUGCGCCAGAUGCUGGGCUUUGGCAAGUGCCAGAAGAGCUUCUACGGGGCAGCGCCCAUGACGGCCGAGACACAGCACUUCUUCCUGGGUCUCAAUAUGCGCCUGUACUCGGGUUAUGGGCUCAGCGAGACGUCGGGCCCGCACUUCAUGUCCAACCCCUACAACUACCGGCUCUAUAGUUCUGGAAAGCUGGUGCCCGGCUGCCGGGUGAAGCUAGUCAACCAGGACUCAGCAGGCGUGGGCGAGAUCUGCCUGUGGGGCCGCACCAUCUUCAUGGGCUACCUCCACAUGGAGGAGCGCACACGUGAGGCCAUCGACGCCGACGGCUGGUUGCACACGGGGGACAUGGGCCGCCUGGAUGACGAUGGCUUCCUCUACAUCACCGGGCGGCUCAAAGAGCUGAUCAUCACAGCUGGAGGAGAGAAUGUGGCACCUGUUCCCAUCGAAGAGGCUGUGAAGACCGAGGUGCCCAUCAUCAGCAACGCCAUGCUCAUCGGGGACCAGCGCAAGUUCUUGUCCAUGCUGCUCACGUUGAAGUGCACUCUGGACCCAGACACGGCAGAGCCUACGGACAAGCUGACAGAACAGGCCAUAGAGUUCUGCCAGCAGGUGGGCAGCCAGGCCACCACGGUGUCGGAGAUCGUGAGCACGAAGGACAGCGCUGUCUACCAGGCCAUCGAAGAGGGGAUCCGCCGGGUGAAUGCCAAGGCAGCAGCCCGACCCUACCACGUCCAGAAGUGGGCCAUUCUCCACAGAGACUUCUCCAUUUCAGGGGAAGAACUGGGGCCCACAAUGAAACUGAAGCGACUCGUCGUCCUGGAGAAGUACAAGGAUGUCAUCAACUCUUUCUACCAGGAGUAGUGAUGUGUGGCGCUGGUGCACGGUGGCCAGCAGGAGGCUCCAUCCUGGGUCUGGCAGCGGCCAGAGCUGGUGCCCACAGCAGCUGCCGAUCCGAGAGCUUCACGUGGGCUAGUUUCGUUUGUUGAUUUUGGUUCAGGUGGCAGCAGAGACAGCUUUGUCCUGGAAUGACGGGGCUGGAUGUGUGUCAGGUCUCUGGGGUGACUCAGACUGACUUAGCUGGAUUCCUACCAGGCCCACAGGCUCCCUCACAAUACCCACACACCUUCCACCCAAUCAUUGCUGUUUAAUAAACUGCUGCCGCCUGCCUGCCUGUAGUUAGUGUGUAAUUUAAACAUUAAACUUCUUUCUGGAACUGCAGGUUGAACAAGUGGGUGGGAUCCGCUCAGAGGCCUGUCUGCUUAAUUCUCUGGAGGCCAUGCCUGGCAGUGCUUAGCUUACUGACUCCUGGCUCUACCAGGGGACCAUGCGAUGCUCAGGUGGGCCUCUAAACAGGAGACAAGCAGAGAAGACAUGCCUCAAUCCAAGCUGGAAUUCUUUAUUAGUACGAACCCACGAGCCAUAUUAGCACAUCCAAAAACAAAAUAAAGCAAAACAAAAAGAAAACAGGAAGCAGCAAUUUAAACAAUACGAGACAUUAAGAUUGUAAGUCUGGUUACAAGCCUCAAAAUGACUCAGCGGGUAGACACUAAGAAAUCCCCCACAGCCUGGGUCCUCUCUGCACAAGGGCAGGGGAGUGUGAGCUACCUGUGGUGUGAGGAUGGAGAUGAGUGUUGAGAGAUCAAAGAAAACCAGGUUGG